AUGUCACUCUCAUGGGAGCUCCAGGCACAAAAGGCCAAGGACAUUCUCCAACAGUCAAUCCCCAAACAAUGGCUCCUCCCCGCACAUAAGCUACCCUCGGCCGACCUGAAAAAUGUGGAGGACUUUCCCCGCAAAAGCGGCCUUCUCUCGGCGAGAGAGCUCAGUAUAACCGACAUGUCUGCCGCUAUCCUAGUGCAGAACAUGGGGGCUGGGAAGCUCACGGCAGAGGAGGUGGUCGUGGCUUUCCUCAAGCGAGCCGUAUUGGGCCAUCAACUGCUUAACUUCGCUACAGAGUUCCUAUCCGACCGAGCAAUCGGUCGAGCCAAGGAAUUAGAUGAGUAUUACAGGCGAACCGGAAAGCUAGUUGGGCCUUUGCACGGUGUCCCGAUAAGUGUGAAGGAGCAUGUUGGAGUCAAGGGCCAUACAUGUAAUGCCGGCUAUGUAGCCUGGGUGGACGACAUUGCAACAGAAGACGCCCUCAUAAUACAAUGCCUCGAAAAGGCAGGUGCCGUCUUCCACGUACGGACCAACCAGCCACAAUCUCUCAUGCACCUCUGCUGCAGCAAUAACCUCACCGGAACGACGCUAAACCCUUACAACCGCACGCUCAGUGCCGGUGGUUCCUCAGGUGGUGAAGGCGCUUCGACCGGCUUCAAAUGCGCUCCCCUAGGUAUCGGCACAGACAUUGGAGGCUCAAUCCGAUGCCCCGCUGCAUUCUGUGGCUCCUAUGGCUUCCGCCCAACAGCCCUUCGCAACCCAUUAUCAGGUGCAAAAGCACCCAAGGAAGGCCACGAAUCUAUCCGCGGCGUAAUCGGACCUCUCGCCAGCCAGAGCGUGGAAGACAUGGACAUCUUCCAGCAAGCCAUCAUCGACCAAGAGCCAUGGGAUGUCGAGACGUCUCUAGUUCCAGUCCCAUGGAAGAGAGCCAAACCCACCAAAAACAUGACCGUAGCCAUCAUGUGGGAUGAUGGCGUCGUCCGCCCUCACCCUCCGAUAACCCGGGCCCUCAACCACGCCAAAUCCAAGCUCCUAGCCGCCGGCAUCAAAGUCAUCGAUUGGGAACCAUAUAAGCACAAGCACGGCUGGGACAUCAUCGUACGUCACACCCCAACCCCCAUCCAACAUACCAAAACUAACCACAACCCCCACCCCCAGUCGGCAAUGUACUUCCCCGACGGAGCCCUCAGCCAGCGCAAACUCAUCGCCCAAACAGGCGAACCAAUCCUCCCCUUAACAGCCUGGGCCUUCGACUACAGCAGUCCCACACCCCUAACUAUGGCCGAAUCCUGGACCCUCAAUGUCCAGCGCGACGUAUACAGAGACGAAUACCACGCGUUGAUGAAAUCCAGAGGCGUGGACUUCAUCCUCUGUCCCGUAUACGCGGGCGUCGCCUCCGUUCUCGGUGAAUCCCACUACUGGAACUACACCGCGGUGUGGAACAUCCUCGACCAGCCGGCCGUGGUAUUCCCAUCUGGUCUGAGCGUGGAUGCACAGCUGGAUCAAUUGACCGCCGAGCAUAAGACAUAUAGGCCCCGAGAUGAGGUUGAUCAGCGCGAAUGGAGUAAGUAUACCGGUCCGGAACGGUACGAAGGUGCGCCUAUUGCAUUGCAGUUGGUGGGAAAGCAUUUCAAGGAUGAGGAGACUCUGGCUGCUGGUGCUUUGGUUGAUGGGAUCUUGAAGGGAGGAGCAGAGCAGAGUACUACUACUAGAUCUAUGCUCUGA